AUGCUCCCCUUCUCUCUCCCAGUGUUGGGCAGAGCCUCUGAGCUGGCCUUCUUGAAGGAGCCCAAUGAUGUCAUCGCCGUGCGUGAUCGGCCCCUGAUGCUGGACUGCCAGGUGGAAGGGGAGGGGCCUAUCUCUGUGAUGUGGCGGCGCAACGGAGUGUCCGUUCCCACUGGGCCGAAGGCUAGCGUGUUGACCAACGGAACUCUCCUGAUCAAGAGCUUCCAGAAGAGGAGAGAGAGCAACGAGACGGACGCUGGGGAGUAUGACUGUGCUGCCCAGAACCACUAUGGCAUGUUGAUCAGCCGCAAGGCCAGGGUUCAGCUGGCAUCUCUCCCUAAGUUCCACAUACACCCAGAGUCCAUGUCGGUGGAUGAGGGUGGCGUUGCCAGACUGACCUGCCAGGUGAACGGAAUCCCAGAGGCCAGCAUCUCCUGGGAGAAAAACAGAACUGCUGUGAAUACUGACGAUAACAGGUCCACCAUCCUGCCCACAGGGAUCCUGCAGAUAACCGGUGUAAGGCGGGCUGACAGUGGUGUAUAUCGCUGCGUAGCCACCAACAUCGCUAACACUCGCUACAGCCAUGAGGCCCAGCUCACUGUCACUGGUAAGAGAAGCACUCCACGGAUCUACAAGGAGCCGGUGAUUCUGUCGGGUCCUCAGAACCUGACCAUCACUGUGCACCAGACCGCCAUCUUGGAGUGCAUUGCCACUGGCAACCCUCGACCCAUCGUGUCCUGGAGUCGGCUGGACGGGCGCUCCAUCGGGGUGGAGGGUAUCCAGGUGCUGGGUACGGGGAACCUGAUGAUCUCAGAUGCCAACCUGCAACACUCUGGGGUGUACGUGUGCUCUGCCAACCGCCCUGGCACCAGGAUGAGGCGUACCGCGCUAGGCAGACUGGUGGUGCAGGCUCCUCCUGAGUUUUUGCAGUGGCCGCAGUCUGUCUCCAGACCAGCAGGUAGCAGUGCAGUGUUUACCUGUAUGGCCCAGGGAGUCCCCGAGCCUCACCUCAUCUGGCUGAAGAACGGCAAAAUCCUGACGCCUGGUGACAACGUCAAGCUCACCAACAAUAACAGCACGCUGGCGGUAACGCGCAUCACCACGGAAGACGAGGCCAUCUACCAGUGUAUUGCUGAGAACAGCGCUGGCACCAACCAGGCCAGUGCACGCCUGGCCCUCACCCAGUCCACGGAGUUGCCAGAGGCCCCUCAGGACCUGACUGCCACGGCCCUGUCCCCCACCACCCUACAGCUCACCUGGGCCCAGCCUGCCCCAGAGGUCACCGACGGCAUAAUCGGAUAUGUGCUGCACAUCCGCAUGUUGGGUGAGCCAGACAGCAAAGAGCUGCAGGAGGCUGUCAGUAAGACCACCUUCCAGCAUGACUUCACCACCCUGGAGCCUGCCACCACCUACUCCAUCUACCUCAAGGCCUACUCCCCUCUGGGAGCCAGCCAGCAGUCCAGCACUGUGGUGGCUACAACACUAGGGGGCGUACCCAGUUCUCCCAGUUUCUUCACCAAGGUGCUGAACAAGACGGCCAUGCAGGUGUUCUGGGAGCUGCCCAGUAAGUCGGGCAAGGUAGAGGGCUUCAAGCUGUCCUACCGCGAGGUCCCCCAGCCCAACUUCCAGGGGCAAGAAGCCUUUCCCGGUCACAUCAACACCCACACCAUCUCCCAUCUUGAACCCACUGCUGUGUAUGAGAUCCAACUGGUGGCCUACAACGGCAAUGGGGACGGCACUGCCAACAAGCGUCUGGUUUCACUGGCUGAGAGUGGUACCAGCGCCAAGACCAGCACCGGUGGGCAGAGCCCAUGUAACUGCAAGCAGGAUGAUGAGGGGUCCAUGACUGGCAUUGUGGUGGGAAUCCACACUGGCAUGGCAUGCAUCAUUUUCUGUGUGCUGUUCCUCAUGUUUGGCUACCGCCGCAGCUUCUUCUGCAGGAAGGGGAUCCAAAAUGGCUGGUCAGGGCCCCGAGGAGGGGACAGGAACCAGCGGGCUGGCCCACCAAAAGAGGGGGUGAUCCGCAUGCCCGAGGUCAUUGAAUUAGUGCCUCAGAGAUGUGACUCUAUCACUGCUCCAGUGAUGGUUGUUAAGGGUCAAGCCCCCCCAGCGCAGUGCCAAGUCCUCAUCGAGCAGCCCCAACCAUGCCAGCCUGGCACAGGCACCGGCUAAAGCACCCAAACACCACUCCACUUACCUCCCCCAACCCCAGUCCCCUUAGCCUGAGAAAUGAAUGGCUGGUUUAUGGUUCCUCCACCUCACCUGCCCACCAACGCCUUAGCCAUAGUCUGCCUAUUGCAGCGUCCAGCCGUAGUUCUAGCAGUGAAUGAGAGAUUGAGAAUGAAACUGAGAGUAAGAGAUGAUGUGUUGAGAACUUCUGUUGAAUGUGCAAUACCACAAAGGAAAAAAGGUAUUUUAUAAUAGCUUCAGGUAAAAGUAGUACCAAUCUAGUCAUGAGUAACUAUUGAGAUGUUAACCCCAUUUCUCUCUUGUGUCUUUUACACCAAAGCUGAAAGCCUUAUUUUAACAUUUUAUUUUUAGUUCCAUGGAAAUGUAUUGAUAGCCAUAGAGGAAAUGGGCACAGACCAUUUAUUAUUCAAAAUGACUCAUUAGGUAAAAUGCUGCUGGCUCAUCUCUGAAGAUAACUGCAAUAUUACUAUAUUCCUUAUAUUUUCGAUGUGGUAUUGGACAUUGUGCAUCUUCUUAAAACCAAAACCCAUAAAUAACUUAAUUUAAUGUAAUUUUAAGUUAAUGGCCAAUGGUGCCAUUUUCAGGUUCUGAUAGAUAUACUGAGACCUUUUAUCAGUUUGAACAGUGAACGUGGCUCUCAGAUGAUUAGAUGUUGAGUUUGAGUCAAUGGAUGAGAUAGAAAGUCUAUUAGUGUUAUAUUGAGGCCAGUACCAAAGUGAUUUCUCUGUUCAGCUUGUGAUACAGUAGAUAUAGUGAAUGUUUUCAGUCGAUAGGUGUUCUCUGGUUAGCUCCACAAGAUUGUAUCUCAGGGCUACGUAACGUGGUCAGCUUUAGCCUUGCCGAACCUGACUGAGUUGAUUGUUUGUCUCACCGUGUUAGCCUUGAGGCGGGCCGGUGUCGAGGGAUCACAGAUUCAGCCAUUUUUGUUCAACCCCCUAUCCCAAACUCUUUGUUAACUUUCUGCUCCCCCACCAAAACGUUUUACCUCCAAAGAUAGCUACCUCAGCCUGACGAGAACGUCAGAGCUAUCAAGGUAACCAUUUUGCCUGUCGUGCUGCUGGUCAAGCAUACCUACCUCAACCAAAAGGGUACUUCUGUGCCCCCUUUUCCUUUUAUUUUUGGGUGCCAAUGCCAGUCCUGUGCCAGCUGCCACUCAUUGUGUUCAGAGGGUGGUACACUCUUUCUAUUCCUUCCUGUCAAGAAAAGCAGGAGACCUUGGAUUGUGAUUGAAUGUCACUUGGCCCCUCUUCUACCCAGAAUGUAACUGGUUGGAUCUGUGGGUUUGCCAGUUCUCUUAUGUUGUUUGACAUUGUAUAAUUCCUGAUCACCGAUGUUCUGCUUUAAUCGCCUGCCUGCUUCUAACCCUGCUAUUGGGACUCAACACCUUGUCCAAACCCUGAACGUCUGCCUUAAUUUAAAGCGGUUCAUUCAGAGUUGGGUCACUUCAGCUACUGACAUGCAGUAUGGAAGCACAUGGAUAUGAUUCAAGUACAUGUUCUACCUCAGACUCAGCAGCUUCACAAACGGGUGAUGGAGAGACAACCAUCAUUGAUGAUGUCACAACAAGCUGUCUCGGAGCCCAGCGGUGGAGCACUACAAGAACAACAGACAUGUCUCCUCAGUCAAACAGGGAAAGAAAGAUGAAUGUCUCUUUAUUAAGGCACCACCUGCUGCUGCCAACACCAUCUCGUCUCACUGGAGGAAGACAUGACUCAGAAACGUGCAACAGGAAACAAAGUUGGAAGCCUGACAGAAAGUGAGCGAUAAAUAUGAACGCACAGCAUUUUUUCAACUUUGAACAUUGCAUGAAAGUAUGGACUUUAAGGAAUAUAAAACCCAAGUUUCACCAUUCUGUUAUGGAUGAAUUUGCUGACUAUUUUGCCCUUUCCUGCAGAAUUCCAAAAUGUAAUUAGUUAGAAAUGUAUAUUGUUGCUGAGACGGCCAUUUUCAGGAAGCUUUCUGUCACCUACUAAAGGUGAUUGGUUUGCAGUGCCUCAAAUACCUUUGUUGUCAUGGGAACCUUCUGUUCAGCAGACCAUGGUUAACUUUCUUGAGUGACUAAUUUGUCUUGUAUUUUGUCUUCAUGUCUAUUCAUAUUCAAUUCUUACCUCACACUUACCGCACGAAUGACACUAGCUUUUACUGUAGACCGCUGUUUCAACAAAUAUUUCCAAAUAUUCUAUGAAAACCAAGUCGAACGAUAUCCAAAGAUGAAUGAUUGUUACGGUUUUCAGUCUUUCCUCGAUUAACCUUUUUUUUUAAAGUUGUUUUCAGUUGGGUUCCUGUUUUAAGGGGCUGCCAUUCGUCAAUGACGAGACAAACUAAGAAACACAAGCAACUUCCAUAAACAGCUUACAUAAACCAAAAAACAAAUUACAAUGAUAAUUCAAGAAACCACCUGUAAUACUGUAAAAUGUUCACAGAUAGUUUUUCAUGUGUCUCACUGGCAGACCACUUGAGGCAUGGAAUUCCACAUAUUUUUAGUUUCUUUUCAACAUAACAUUUUACUUUGAAAACCGAAAAUGGGAUAUAUAUAUUUUCAUAUAUUGUUACAAGAAGGAUGGAGUUGAAAUUGCCAAAUAACUGUCCUUUGAAUUAUAGAAAUACUAUGACCAUAUUCUAACAUUUUAAAUAACUUCUGUUCCAUUUAUUAAUGACCUAACCACAGGAAUAUCCGUGUUGUGAUAGAGCACCGCCUUUCCCCUUUUUGUAACUACUGAAUAAAAUUCCAGUCAAUUUGCUGGAGAUACUCGGGCAAGUGUCCAUCAAGCAUAAGAGGAUUCCAUAUGUUGUAACUGUUUGAAUGGCUGUGAAAAACUUUAUGUCUCUGUUGUGUGUGGAGGUCCAUCUUUCAUUGCCAGUUUCUGAAUCUAGUAUUCUGUGCAGAAUUGGACUAGCUACCGCUACAUACCCUAACAAAGUCACAUAGUGCCACUGUCCUCAAGGUUUUAGUUCAACUGUAUCACUGAUACCAUCCUUUUCUUUUUACUGGGAAUAACGGAUCUAGCAUUUUUUGGUGGCAGUAUGAUAAGUGUGAUACCAAAAGGAAAAUGAAAAACAUUAUGGUCUAUAUUUUAUUAUUUGAAUAACAAGACAUAAGUUGACCCAAUAUUUCUUUGAACAAAACAAAAAAUGAUAUGCUUUUCUUUUUAUAGAACAUUUCUUCUUCAUUCAUUUUAUAUAUGUUCCCUCUCAAGGUUGUCCUGCUGUGUAUGGGAAAUCUUGCCAAAAUGAAGACGUUCCUUUUUAAAAUGUUAUUAUUGUUAUUAAUAUUAUAAUUAUUGCCGUUUUUGGAUUCACUCCCUUUCAUUUUGAUUUUCAUAUUGGUUGGCUCUUUUUGUUUCUGUUUUAUUUGUAGUUGAAUGAUGUGAAAAUGUUUGCUAGAAAUGUGAGAAUUCUAAAUAGAACGGUGUGUUGUCAGCAAAAGGUAGUGUAAAAAACUGUAUUUUGACAUUGAAGGAAGGAUACCUCAAACUGUCUUGUAAAUAUCCAAAUGGAUAUUUCCUCUCUUAACUACUUCAGCAGCAGCUCAGCAACAACCAUGUUAAGUUAAUUUGCAAAGAUGGACACUUGCCAUACUAAAGUAAGCCAUAUAGGAGUUUUCCUAAGCCAUAAUUUACACUACUGUUGUGUAUUACAGUCCAUACUUUGAUAUCAGGUCACUGAAUUGUAACCUAUCAACUGAGUACAGUAUUUCUUGAUGCCAGACGCACAACCUACCUGUUGCUAAACAUUCACACAUACUAGAAAACACAUGAAAUGUAGAGAAGUAGUGAAUGAAUGCUAGAACCAAUGAAAAAAUAAAUGCUUUAAUGUUCAUACUUUUCAUUUCUCUAAAAAAAAAUAUUUUUGUGUUUCAUAAGAACCCCCCCCCCCCCAAAAGCUUUAAACUGCUUUUAAACUAGUUACAGACCAGAUGAAAGAGAGGAAGACGUGUAUGUGUACCAUUAUAGCACAACUAGAGACCACUACAAAUGGAUCAUUGUUUGGUUAAUAAUUGAAUUGAUCUAAGAUCACAUUGUAGUUGUUUUUGUCCCUGACUUUUAUACCAUAGGUCUCUGGUUGAUAUGACUGUUUGAAUAUGUCAACUGUUUCUUUAAGUUUCUCCUUCUUUCAAAUGAAAUGACACCUGUAAACCAAAUAA